AUGUAACAACCAAUGUUCGAGAAUCAAUUAGAUCCUGAAGAAAUGGAAGCAUGGCUUGCAGAAGUAGAAUUGGUACAUGAGAAGAUAAAAAAAUUAUCAAGCGACUAGGCAAAUGUUAAAGAUGACGAUGAAGAAAUAAUGAAGAUGAGACAAAAACGAAUAGAAUAAGAGAAAAAAAAAGAAGAAGCUCGUAGAUAGUUAUAAUUGUAGAAAGAGGAGGAAGAAUAAAAAGGCAGGAAAGGAAAAGGAUAAAAUAAAGAUUAUGCUAAUUUUUGCAAAUAUUGUUGUUUAGAGUAUGUUAAAUAGACAGAUAAAUGUUAUUGGUGUAAAAGAGAUACUUUGACCUAGGAAUAACGCUACAAUUAAUUAUUAGAAAAGGUUGAAAAAUAUAAAGAAGACAAGAGUAGAAAGCAAUAAAAAAAACAGAAAUUUGAACUUAUGGAGAAAACAGAGAAAAUUUUAUGGAAAAAGAGUACAUUUACUCAUAGAAAAUGGGAGUAUUAUACUAGUUCAGAGGAAGAAAUUGAGUCUGAGCCUAUCGUACCUAAGGAUGAUCCUAAUUUCAAGGCACUUUAAUUAGAUAUGGAGCAAAGAAACAAAAGAAAGGAAGAGGACAUGAAGAAAGCAGAAGAAUUGAAAAAAAAAGGAAACGAUUAUUAUAGUAAAGGAGAUUUUGAUUAAGCAGCUUGGAACUAUUCUUAAGCACUAGAACUAGUGAAAGAUAAUUAAACUUUAUGGUUGAAUAGAGCAAUUACAUAUAUAAAAUCAAAUAAAAAUAAGAAGGCUAUAAAUGAUUGUACAAAGGUCAUAUAGUAUGCUGAUUGCUUUGAGAACGGGUUCACUUAGAGCAGAGAGACUUGCUGCAAAGCAUUUGCAAGGAGAGCUUUGGCAUAUUAUAAUAGAGAUUGUUUAUUUGAAGCACUCAGUGAUAUCAAUCAGGCCUUAGAGCUUAUACCAGAUGAUAAAUGGGUUUAAAACCUUAAAAAGGAAAUAGAAGCCAAAAUUGAUCAUUAUGAAAGGCUGAAACAGAAUGAAAAUAAUGAGAAGGAUUUAGAAGAGCCAAAAUAAGAUAUUUAAGAUUAGUAAUAAAACAGUAAUGAUGUAAAUAAAUUUAAAGAUAAAAAUACAGUUAUUGAAGAAAACCUUACAUACAAAUAAAUAAUCGAUAAGUUUGUUGGAGAAUAAGAUAUAGAACUUUUAUCAUUAUUUAAAGUGUUAAAAGUUGAUUCAAAUGAAGCCACGGCCUAUUUUUAUGAGAAAAAUGGGUUGAAACAACUCUUAAAAAUAAUAUCUAAAAAUGAUUAAAAAUUACACGAUUUAUAAAAUAUUUUGGCAAGUUUACCUGCUUUGAUAUUAUAGAUAUAUCAAGAAAAAAGUCUGUUGUAUUAAGAAUAAUUUCUAAUUUAAUAUAAUGGAAUUGAAGUUAUUUAUUAAAAAAUAGGGUUUUUGUUGACUCAAGUAGGCACUAAAACCUAAUCUGCAAUAUAUGAUACAAUAGGAGAUUAUCUCGAUGUUUUAAAUUUGAUGAGCGAGGAAAAACCCAGAUCUAUUCUUCAAUAGCAUGAAAUAAUAAAAACAAAACUAUACCCUGAAUUAUUUCAUAGAAUUCUUUCUUUGUAUAAGACUGAAAGGGAUAUGGUUGCUACAUUUUUAAGUUUUUGCAGUAAUUUGAGUUACGGGUAAAAUACACCCUUUAAAAAUGUACUUUUUGAAAAUAGAAAUGAAAUCAUUGUUAUAGUUGUUGAGCUAUUUGAAAAAGUAGAAAUUAAAUAAGCAAACAUUAGGAUGAUGAAUUAGCUAUGUAAUCUAUUGUCGAAUUUAUUGACUGAAGAUAAAUUUAGGUUGUAUUUCUUAUCAAAAGAUUUAAAUUCAAAUUUUUUUCAGUCUUAUUUCAAAUUUAUCAAAGCUGUUUAAUUUAAGGAUAAUGAUUACAAUUCUUUAAAAGAAAAUGGAAUAGCUAUUUUGGUUAAUUUAACAUUUCAGAUUAAUUAAAUUCAAACUGAUUUUGUAAGUAAAAUCCCAAGUUUAAUUCCUACUUUAAUUGAAUAUUUAGAGUCAUAACCUGAUGGAUUAAUUAUAGAAAGAGUCUUAACUGUGUUGACCAAAGUCAAUUAUGAAGACAACAUUUUCAUAAUAUCAAAAUUUAUAAAAAAAUACAGCAACUAAUCGAUUCUAUGUUUACUUCAAUGGCUAUCAGGCAAAUCUCUUGUAGUUAUUAAUCAAUUAAAAUCAAAGUAAAUAAAGCUAUUUGAAUUGCUGGAAGAAUUAAAAUUACAAUUGCAUUGCGAUAAUGAGAUUAAUUAUUGUAAUUGUUGCAACGUAAUUGGUAAGAUAAUUGAUUUAUUAUCUCCGAUUAAUGGAGAGGUUAAUGCUUGUUCCUUUUUCAAUGAAACAAUUCCUAGAUUGUUGAGUUUUGUAAAAGAUAAAACUGGAAAUUCCAGAAAAAAUUCAGCUAUUCUUUUAGCAAAACUAACGAAAGAUUAAAGUAAUUUGUAAAAAUUAAGGGAUUUGCAUGGAAUGGAGAUUUUACAAUCGGUGAUGGGUAAAUUGUGA